CUGAGGAAUCAGCGGAUCACUUCACCUGUCGUCUGGUCUUACAUUCAUUGAUCCGAAUCCGAGAAAAUUUGCUUCCAGUACAUAGAAUGGGCAAAUCCAAGAAAGCUCGCCCCCGAGGAGAUUCCGGUGCGGCGGCGACCCAUCAGCCCAAAAAGCACCGGAAAAUGCAGACGUUUUCUCGACUCUCAACGACGACGACCCCCGGUAGAACCGCGUCCAAACAUGAUGACAAGGGCCGGAAGAUAGCAACUGGCGCAUCCGCCUUGCAAAAACCAGCGCAACGGCAAAACCAGCAUCGGCGACCCAUUGUACCAUUCGGAAAGAAAGAUCGUAUCCUACUGGUCGGGGAAGGCGACUUCUCUUUUGCCCGCUCCUUGGUUCGCCAAUAUCGUUGCAAGAAUGUCCUGGCUACUUGCUAUGACUCCAAGGAGACUCUUCGGAGCAAGUAUCCCCAGGCAGAUCACAUUAUCAAUAGCAUCCUUGGGGUCUCCGACAACCUCACAAGCCCAAAAGGAGAACAAAAUCAACUGCCCGGUCAAAGACCCCAGCUCCCUAAAAUUUUGUACUCUGUCGAUGCCCGGAAACUGGGCUUCGCUGCAGGUGGUGGCAAGGAUGUUCGCACUGGCUGGCCCAAACGAGAGCGUCGGCGCCCGGCAUGGCAACAAGCCAAAACUCCCACCCUUGCCUCAACUCCGAAAGGUGGGCCAUGGGACAUCAUCUCCUUUAAUUUCCCCCAUGUCGGCGGCCUCUCCACCGAUGUGAAUCGUCAGGUUCGUGCCAACCAAGAACUCUUGGUAGCCUUUUUCAAGGCCUGCAUUCCAUUGUUAUCGCUCAGUCAGAAGUCGAUCGAUGACAGUGAAAAUUUUGACUGGGAUGAUUGGGAGGAUUCUGACUCAGAGUUAAGCCAGGGUGAUGCUAACGAUGUCACCGAUGAUGACAAGCCAAUACGGUCAAUAACGGCCACUGGACAGGCUGAAGAUCAGCAUAGAGUUGGGCCCGGGCGGAUUCUGGUGACAAUCUUCGAGGGGGAACCCUAUACCCUUUGGAAUAUCAAAGACCUUGCGCGGCAUGCGGGCUUGCAAGUGGUCACCAGCUUCAAGUUCCCGUGGGCUUGUUAUCAAGACUAUUCGCACGCACGUACACUGGGCGAGGUUGAGGGAAAGAAUGGAGGCAGAGGGGGGUGGCGGGGUGAGGACAGGGAUGCAAGAACGUAUGUAUUCGAGCUUAGGCAGGAUGACCAAUCUAUGCCUGGGAAGGAUGCACUACCUCCCAAAGCCGAUCAGAGCGCCAAAAAAAAGAGGUCAAGAGAAGCUUCUGAUAGCGACAGUGACUAAAGUCGCAAUCAAGAGCCACCACGAACGGAUGCGAAAGGAUCGAGUUAAGAAGACCACGCAGAAAUGUGAAGAGU